GCAUCUUUCAAGUUUGAUUUUAACUUUCAAGUACUUUGCAACAUAAACAAAAAGUGGAUAUAACCACAAAAUAAAACAAAUUCUUCACAAUGUCUUCUCAUAUGAGUACCAAAGAAAAAAUAUUGCACAUAGUGGACGAUAUUGAAUUAAUAUCAAAAGAAUUGAUAGAAAACCUGAUUGCACCGAAACAACAAAAGUUAUCCAGUGCUGAUCACCAGCUUUUGACAGAACUUCUGGUUUCAAAAGACAAGGAUUUAAAAAAUGCUAUGAAACUUGCAUCCGAACAAGCUGCUAUUGAAGUUAAAAUUAAUGCAGUUAAAUCGGAAGUUGAAAGACAAGACCAACAUAUAUUGCAAUUCCAAAGACAACUGAAGGAAGCCGAACAAAUUUUGUCAACAGCAUUAUAUCAAGCAAGACAAAAACUGCAAAGUAUUAACAAAGCUAACAAGAAACCAGUUUCUACUGAAGAACUUAUAAAAUACGCUCACAGGAUAAGUUCUUCCAAUGCAGUUUGCGCUCCCCUAACCUGGCACCAAGGCGACAUGAGAAGACCGUACCCAACCGAUUUAGAAAUGAGAUCAGGAUUCCUUAGCAGACCCGAUCUUCCAUUAAAUGGUCACGGUAUCCCUCACCAGAAUAUUGUCAAUGAUGUCCACCGAGGAGGCCAUGCAGCCGACAUUCCUGCAUCAUCACAAAGUCAAUUUGCAUGGCAUCCAUCUGGGGAAUUGCAUAUGACGAUGGGUUCCAGCGGGGGCAUGGUCACGCUUGAUACUAGAGCUUCUCAUAAGGAGACUAACGCAAGAUGA